CUGCCCACCGGCAGCAACUUCCACCUGGGCUACCCCUGGCUCUUCCUGGCGCGCUAUGUGGAGGGCGGUGAGCAGGGCGGGCCCGGCCAGCAGCAGCGCUUUAAUGUCAUGUGCAACCACCUGAGGUUUAACCCUUCCGAGGUGCAGAAGAUCAUGCCCAACGACACCUUCUACUUCUCCAUCCUCAGAAACCCCGUGGCCCAGCUGGAGUCCUCUUUCAUCUACUACAAACACGUCGUGCCCGCCUUCAGGGGCGCGCGCGACCUGGACACGUUCCUGGCGUCCCCACACACCUUCUACAACGAGAGCCUGGGCCUGCGCAACGCCUACGCCAGGAACAACAUGUGGUUCGACUUCGGCUUCGACAACAACGCGGCGGCCACCGAGGGCUACGUGCGCGCGCGCCUGGCCGAGGCGGAGCGGCGCUUCCAGCUGGUGCUCAUCGCCGAGCACUUCGACGAGUCCAUGGUGCUGCUGCGGCGCGCGCUGCGCUGGCGCCUGGACGACGUCGUCGCCUUCCGGCUGAACGCGCGCAGCGCGGCCUCCGUCGCCCACCUGUCGCCCGCGGCCCUAGAGCGCGCGCAGCGCUGGUGCGCCCUGGACUGGCGCCUCUACCAGCACUUCAACCGCACCUUCUGGGCGCGCGCGUACGCCGAGCUGGGCCCGCGGCGGCUGCGCGCGGAGGUGGCGCGGCUGCGCGCGCGGCGGCGCGAGCUCUCGGCGCUGUGCCUGCAGGACGGCGCGCCCCAGGACCGGGCGCGGAUCAGCGACCGGCAGCUGCAGCCCUUCCAGCCCGGCCAGGCCGACAUCCUUGGCUACAACCUCCGGCCGGGGCUGGACAACGAGACGCUGCGGAUGUGCCGGAGCAUGGCCCUGCCGGAGUUGCAGUACACGGCCCGCCUCUACUCCCUGCAGUUCCCGGAGAAGCCCCCGAAGAAGAUCCCCUUCCUGGAGGACUAGGGGCGGGCCCGGGGGAGGGGAGCCGCCCCCAUCGUCGCGGGAGGCCCUGGCGCUGCCUUGCUCUCGAGGCCGCAGGAACCACGCCGGGAGCGGCUCUCUCGGGUGCCCUCGCCCUGGGGCGGCGGUCCCAGGGUGUGCUGCCUCAUUUGUGAAGCUGUGGGAAAGAUCUUAGAGAGGAGACGAUAGUGAGCCGGCCUUAAUUAGAGGUGCAGCGCUAGCCUCCCCAAAUGAACACAGGCCCAGGAAGUCAGGGAGGCUCCGGCAGCUGGGGUACAGGUCCCCGGGGAGCUCAGAGCUGGCUCCAACCAUUUCCCGGGCACGGGGACCCCACACGGGUCACAGAGACCUCCCGUGGGAUGCCACAGGCAAUGCUGCCCAGGCGGCCGGAGCAGCUGGAGCGGGGCUGGGUGAGGGUUCGCCUUGGUCAGCAGCAGCUGCUGGCGUCUGGCUACAUGGGGUUUAUUUCCAGCCGGAAAGUCUUGGAUUCAGAGUGUCCCCAGUUGCUGGCAGUGAGCCGUUUAUCCCCACUCAGGCUGAGACUCUGCUCUCUGUGGCUGAGAAGGACCCUGCAUACCCUUGGUUGCCAUGGAGACUGCCCCUUGGUUGCCAUGGAGACCACAUCAGCUGUGGGUCCAGAGAAAGGCGGCUUCCGGGUACACUGUGUGCUGUAUGUCGGGGGUGCUGAGAACCCCUCCCCAGCAGCCCGUGAUCCCAACUGCCGGGGACCCUGCUGGUAGAGCAGGGUGCUCCCACCCUGCACCACAUGCCCUGGGAAAAGUGGGGUGCCUGGAGCACCCAAGAAAAUGAGCUGCUCUCGUACACUCAACCAGGGGUUCAGCCUGGGCCCUUCCACCCCCAGCCCUGAGGAGAAGCCCCUUCCUCCCCUCUCACCAUGGGGGCCCUCGGCCCUGGGGACUGCCGUGCAGGCCGUGGGUCUGAGCGUCUCCACUCUGGGGUGGGCGAUGGGAAGGAAAUCCCUCUGUAGUGGGGGGGGCUCGGCAUUUCACAGCAGGGCACCACGAACACUCAGAGGGAAAUUUACCAAGGGAGGAUUUCCAGUGGGUUGGAGAAAGUUGAAAAAAGAGAACAUUUGGAGAUUGGAAAAAUGAGUUCCAAAACAGCUGAACGGUGACAGUGAAGGGCAGGACUCACUGCCGACAGCCGGAGUCCACCAGGGCCGUCUGGAGGACCACCGCCCUCAACCGGAGGGACACGCAGUGGGGAGGCGAGAAGGGGGAGCAGAUCCGGGGGGAGCCGGCGAGAGGGCAAAAGGAGUCCUGGGGAGAGGGAAGUUAGCCCGAGCUGAAGAAAGAAUCGAGUGUUUCCUGCAGGAUCAACCAGCCCCCCCAAAAUACAGGCCCCUGCCUCAGCUAGCACAGGAAGUGUGUGAGCAAAGCUAAGAAGGUUUGCUGCUUCUAAAUACAGAGGACACUUAUCUGGGGGGGGGGUCAACCCCAUCUGCUGCCCACCCCAGUGGUGCAGGGACACCCACCCUCAAUGGACGCUCCCAAGAGCCCAUAUCUGACUUGUUUUUGCUUUGAGGUUGGUGGAGAGAUAAACUGGUGACAUCUUUUUGGAAGGAAAUCUAUGGCAUUUAAUGAAAUAUAAAAUGCAAGUGGUGUCAUUGGUAAUAGAGGAUUUUGAAAACAACCUGUCUUGUUGUCUGUCCAUCAGAAAGGACUGUCUGACAUGCUAA